AUGGAAGAAGAUCAGAGGCUUAGCGAGAAAAUUAUUCAGACAGCUGACGCGCUGAAGGAUUGGGAUGGCGUGAAAGAUCUGGUGGAUGAAACGACGAGCCUUGUGAAUAAAUACAGAGAGGUCAUCGAUGGCGUCAGCAGCAUAUUCACCGUCAUCGGCGCUGUCUGGGACAUCUAUUCGAGCAUGGAGAAAGCUAAAGAGGAUGCAGCCCGACAGCAGGACAUGGUCAAGCAGAUCAUCCAUGCCGUCGAAAUGAUAAUUACAAGCGCGAAGACCGAGAUAAUUCACAACAUGGACGAGAUAGAAACCCGGACAGCCGUUGCGGCAGCAGAGACCGUUCUGGAGGGCUUCAGCCAUGACUUUUUGCCCUACGUCAAGAUAAACGCACUCACGGACAAGGACAUGGACAAACUUGACAGCCUCAUCAAAGAGGCGCGCGAUGCCAUAGUCUUGCUGAAAAACCUCAUUCCAGUCCGCGCUAAUGGCGGCGACGGCGCCGCCCUCCUGAAACUCUAUCGCGAUAUGCUGGCCGUCGUGCAGUGUAAGCUCACGAUGGACAGGCUGCGACACGGCCUGACACAUAACGUCGUCACGGAGGCCAAGUUCGAGGUGAAUCGCCUCCUCUACAUCCUUCCUGUUGUCAACGAAGGCCUCUGGCUCGAGAGCGACCGCUGCUUUUCGCAGGGUAUUGUCUAUUUCCACGUCGGUGGCGGUCGUCGGCCUGAGCUCACAAAAUAUUCGUACAUGUAUAUGGGCAAGGCCCAGCCGGUGCACGGUCCUAACAUGGCGCCAGUCUCCCAGGCCUUCAUCGCGGCCCGCAAGGCUGCCCGUGACCAUGCAAUCCCGGAGGAGGUCCUCGAUUGGGAAAGACAGUCGGUUGACAUAAUGGGAAAGUUAAUGGAGCUUGAGAAAACGGUGCCUGCAUAA